CCCAAUAUCUUUUUGUUUUGCAUUGGUUUCGUGACUGAUUCUCACAGGCAUUGCUCCAGCAUCUAACUGAGACACUGUCGCAUACGUAGAAGACGCACUUCGGAGAUCGGACAUUAUUUUCCACCGAUAACCUAGGGUGGUAUUUUGUUUUUCUCAGGAUUAAAACCUUUCCUCCAAUAUUUUUCAUUUACACCAAACGGAAUUUCAUUUCGUAACGGAAUAUAAAAAAGACGCUCUAGUGCAACAGAGCUACCAGAGACAACAAUGAAACGGCAAGUACUGGUGGUAAUAUUCACCCUCCACCUCAGUUCUGUGAUCGGGCAGUUCAGUUACUCGAUUCCGGAGGAACUGGCAAAGGGGUCUUUGGUCGGUAACAUAGCGCGGGAUUUGGGUCUAGAUGGCAAACGUAUCUUGUCAGGUAGAGCUCGUAUUUAUACGGGGGACAGUGUCCAGUAUAUCGAGCUCAACAGAGAAAGGGGAAUCCUCGUUAUUAAAGAAAGAAUAGACCGAGAAGGGCUCUGCAGACAGACAACGCCUUGCGCUUUGCAUUUUCAGAUUACGUUAGAGAACCCAUUAGAAUUAUUUCCAGUUACUGUAGAAAUUACUGAUAUUAAUGACAAUGUUCCACUAUUCCAAAAUGAGGACAGAAGGUUUGAAAUAAGCGAAUCAGCGGUGAUCGGCUCUAAAUUCAUGCUAGAAAAAGCGAUUGACCCUGAUAUCGGGCUGAACGGGCUUCAGAAAUAUACUUUAAAACCAAGUGACAAUUUCAUGCUUAAAUUGCAAAGUCAAUCUGAUGGCAGCAAAAAGGUUGAAAUGAUUUUACAAAAGUCGUUGGACAGAGAAAAACAACAACACAUAUCUCUACUCUUGACAGCGGAGGAUGGCGGGGAACCGCAAAGGACUGGAACAAUGCACAUUCAUGUUACCGUUCUGGAUGCAAACGACAAUGCUCCUGUGUUUACUAAGUCCGUUUACAAAGCCAGCAUUAUAGAAAACUCCGCAAUAGGGACGCUAGUUACCAAGGUCAGUGCUUCAGAUGCAGACCAAGGAUCAAAUGGAGAGGUGAUCUAUGUCAUCGGGAACCGCAUUGAUACUGUGUCAAAAUUAUUUCACAUUAAUAGUGAAGGUGAAGUGAUACUAGAUGGACCAGUAGACUAUGAAAAAGAAAAAAAUUAUCACAUUGAUAUCGAGGCAAUUGAUCAAGGAGGACUAUCGGAUUCAAGUAAGAUGAUAAUUGAUGUAAUUGACGUUAAUGACAAUAGCCCCGUUGUAAAUAUAAUAUCAACAUCAAGCUCAGUACAAGAGGACUCAGCACCAAAAACAGUAAUAGCUUUAAUGAGUGUCAAUGACCCUGAUCCUGAUACAAAUGGGAAAGUCAACUGUGUUAUAAAUCAAGAUAUCCCGUUUGAAAUCAAAUUUACAUCGAAUCAUUUUUAUAGUUUAGUGACAGAGAGGGAAUUAGACAGAGAGACAGACUCUGCGUAUAAUAUCACGGUGACCUGUUCUGAUGAAGGAGUCCCCUCCCUCUCCAGCAGCGUCACUCUUACCUUACAGAUCUCUGAUGUUAAUGAUAAUUCGCCUGUCUUUGAGAGGAGCUCAUAUGAGGCCUAUAUUGUAGAAAACAACACACCGGGUCUCUCUAUAUUCACAGUGAAAGCCAGAGACGCUGACUGGAACCAGAACGCACGUGUUUCUUACAUACUGGAGGACUCCUCUGUUAACGGAGUGCCAGUCUCCUCGUAUGUGUCCGUUAGUGCUGAUGGUGGAGUCAUCCACGCAGUGCGCUCUUUUGACUACGAGCAGAUCAAAGUUUUCCACUUCCGCGUCAAAGCGCAAGACGGAGGCUCCCCUCCACUCAGUAGCAACGUGACUGUGAAAGUGCUGAUCCAGGACCAGAACGACAACCCUCCUCAGGUUCUGUACCCGGUCCAGACUGGAGGCUCUCUGGUGGCUGAGAUGGUUCCUCGUUCAGCAGAUGUGGGCUAUCUGGUCACUAAAGUGGUGGCUGUUGAUGUGGACUCUGGACAGAAUGCCUGGCUCUCCUACAAACUGCAGAAAGCCACAGACAGGGCGCUGUUUGAAGUGGGCUUACAGAAUGGAGAAAUAAGAACUAUCCGCGGAGUCACUGAUAAAGAUGCAGUGAAACAAAGACUGACUGUGAUCGUGGAGGACAACGGGCAGCCCUCUCGUUCAGCUACAGUCAUUGUUAACGUGGCGGUGGCGGACAGCUUCCCUGAAGUGCUGUCUGAGUUCACUGACUAUACACAAGACAAGGAGUACAAUGACAACCUGACCUUCUACUUAGUGUUGGCUUUGGCUGUAGUUUCCUUCCUCUUCAUCACGUGUUUAGUGGUUAUUAUAUCAGUGAAGAUCUACAGAUGGAGGCAGUCUCGCGUCCUGUAUCACUCCAAUCUCCCUGUGAUUCCGUAUUAUCCACCACGUUACUCAGACACUUUGGGGACAGGGACUCUCCAACACGUGUACAACUACGAGGUGUGCAGGACGAAUGACUCCAGAAAGAGUGACUGUAAGUUCGGCACAGUCGGUAGUCAGAACGUGCAGAUAAUGGACCCCAGUUCUACAGGAACGAUGCAGCGGAUACAAAGUGAGAAGAAUAUCCUGGAUGAACCAGAUUCACCACUAGAGGUUUGA